AUGAGGUUUGGAAAGAAGGGUAAGCUGAGCCCUAGGUACAUCGGUCCAUUUGAGAUUCUUGAUCGGAUUGGACCAGUGGCAUACAGAGUAGCCUUACCACCCGCGCUCUCAGGUGUACAGAAUGUAUUUCACGUAUCUAUGCUGAGGAAGUAUGUACCCGACCCCACUCACGUUAUUGAUUAUGAGCCUCUUCAAUUUCAGGAAGAUCUGACUUAUACAGAAGAGCCGGUGCGGAUUGUAGAGAGAAAAGAACAAGUGUUACGUAAUCGGACUAUUCCAUUGGUUAAAGUGGUAUGGAAUAAUCACGCUAUCAGUGAAGCCUCUUGGGAAUUAGAAGAGGAAAUGCAAGUCAAGUACCCACAGUUGUUCGACGAUGAUCCUUAUAGCCCAUGA